UGGGUGUGACGUCAUAGCCCAGUGCCGCCGACCAUGUUUCGGGAAGUUUGACUGGGUUGAAAAAAUUUACGAAACGAAAAUUGUUGAACGAUGGGGAUUAUCAGAGAACUCCGAAACAAUCUGGCUCUCUCGGGACUUGUAUACGAUGAGAAAUUUCAGCGGAACGUAAAAUAUGAUUGAAAUAUAUAAUUGAUCUGAACUCCUACAAAGGCAUCCGACUUUCGCGCGUUCCAAUAUUUUUUUUCGUCGAAUAGAAUAAUUGAGAAAUAGACUGAUAUAACGGUAUCACUGCCAAGUUUUUCCACAUGAAGGUCCAUUCUUUCCCUUCUAUCGUUAAGUCGCAUCAGACGAGCUGCCUCGCAUGAGACACCUCGGGGAGAGGGUUCUGCUCUACUCUGCCAGCUCGGGGAAUCAGGAUGACAAAACCCAAAGUUGGACGAAUUUUCCUGGCGACAUGCGUUGGGUCACUUUUCAUGGUCAUAUUGUACUUUCAGAACAUCACAAGGCCAGCCGUGGAGCAGUUUGGGGGGAAGGGCAUCGGCCCGGGGAAGACAAGGAGAAGUCCACUACAGACCCUCUACAACGAAGACCAGUUGGACAUGUCUGCCGCGCAGGCGUCUCUGCGUGGUCGGCGGGAGCUGCUAGAGGAGGCGUGUCUCACCCACACCAGGAAGCGGCGGGUGUUGACCCCAGAUGACCUCCGCCACCUCAUAGUGGACGAUAAGCACAGUUUGCUGUACUGCUACGUCCCCAAGGUGGCCUGCACAAACUGGAAACGGGUCCUCAUGGUCCUGACGGGGGACGGACGCUACCGCGAGCCCCUAGCCAUCCCCGCCAAUGAGGCCCACGUGGCAGGCAACCUGCGCACGCUGUCAGAGUACUCCACCGGCGAGAUAAACCACCGCCUCCGCAGAUACCUGAAGUUCCUCUUCGUUCGGGAGCCCUUCGAGAGGCUGGUGUCGGCCUACCGCAACAAGUUCACCCGCAGCUACAACACGGCCUUCCACAAGCGCUACGGCACCAAGAUCAUCCGCCGACACCGGCCCCACCCUGAGCCGGAGGCGUUGGAGCAGGGUAACGAUGUCUCCUUCAAGGAGUUUGUGCAGUACCUGGUUGAUCCCCGCACACAGAGAGAGGAGCCCUUCAACGAGCACUGGGAACGGAUCCACUCACUGUGCCACCCCUGCCUCAUCCACUACGACGUGGUGGGGAAGUAUGAGACUCUGGAGCAGGACUCCCGCUCUGUGCUGCGGCUGGCCGGCGCUGACGGGGAGGUCCACUUUCCCACCUCAGGCAAGAGCACCAGGACCAACGGGGACAUGGCGGCUCAGUUCUUCCACAACAUCAGUCCCUUCUACCAGAAGAAGCUGUACAACCUUUACCACAUGGACUUCCUGCUGUUCAACUACUCCAACCCAGAGUACUUGAAGUUUAGGUGAGGGCGUCUCUCUCCAUGUCAACUGUGAUUUAGUAAUCAAUCUGUUUUGGGUCUGGAAUUUCUAAUCAAUCUGGGUGGGUGUGUAGUGGUGUUCAGAUGUUAUUGGUAAGUGCCUUACCAGUGCCUUCCCUGCAUUGUUAGAUGUAUGACGUUUAUUAUCAAGGGUGACUUUGGGGGCACUGUUCAUUCCUAGGUCUCUUCAUGUGGCCUAUAUAAGAUAGAAGCAGGUUCUUCUUGUUGGGGGUUGUGAACCUUCCUCUUUAUUUAUACAAUUGUAGUAUUUAUUGUAAUUAUAGACUGAGUCAUUGGACACUUGAGUGAAUUGUGGGAGAACAUUCAAUUUAUGCAUUUCUCUCUGCUUGCACAUACAGCGUGUUUUCUUGACUCUUGCACAUCUUAUGUAGCCAAACUGUUCCUCUGGGGACAAAGGGUGUUGUAGAACUUACAUAAACCAACAAACAAAAGAAAGCCGUCUACCCAUUCAAAAUCAUGAAAAGGCUGCCAUUUACUCAGAGUUAUGAGGUUUGCAAAGACCCAAUGUGAAUACAUUUUUAAAAAACAAAUUUAAAUGUAAAUGAGUUGAUAAAUCUAAGACGGUGGUAAGAAAUAACUGCCUUGGUCUUGGUGGCCACCUGUUCGUUGAUGUUAUGCAAGCCACAGGUUGAUAGUAAAAAUGUACUGAUAAACAAUGUAUGCUGGGUAUAGGAAGCCUGGCAGGCAUGAUGACUUCAGAUAGGGAGUUGAUGACAGAAAUGCCACAUGCUCUGUUUGGCAGAGUCACCUCUUUCUUUAGCUCACGGCAGACUGAGCAAACCGCGCAUAGCUGUGGUUUGGUCCAAGGCUGCCCUUCGUCAGAGAGUUCCGUGUUGAACUGUGGACAGCCACGUAGGGCUAACUAUCCACACGGGCACUACAGGUUAAAACCAGGUAAGCCUUCUGGUAAAAGACAAAUAUUCUAUUGAAUUUACACCAUGCUUACAAGUGCAAUAUUUUUCAUGACUUGAAAUGAGCUGUAUAUGAAGACAUUUAAUAUCACAUGUUCAUGCCUGUUGAUGUUGUGCCUCAACAGUUUGCCCAUAAAAAUGGUAUAUUUACCGUUUACUGCUACAACAACAUAAAUUUGCAUCAAUUGAUGCUAUAGGCCAGGGUUAACCAACUGGUGGCCUGUGAACUGAAUUUGGCCCGAGGGUGAUUUUUAUUUGGCUCCCCAAGUUUGAGCGAAAAAUAAUAAUAGUUUAAACAAACAAAACAAAACAAAAAAAAGAAAUAAUUUGCAGGACACAAAGAAACUGUAAAAACACGAGCAAAUCAGCUCUAAGUGAUUUUAAUUGAGGAAAUCUGUUUUCCCACGCCUAGUAGAGAGAUAUAUGUGAUCAUAUGAAAAUGAAAGCAUGGUUUGAAAUGAUUAUGUUUUAGUCAAAUAAUAUAUACGUUUGGGCUUCUUCCAGUCUACAAAUGAUUUGUAAUUAUGUUCCGCCCCCCUGACCAUCCGCUCAAAAAAAGAUCAGCCAAUGGCUGAAUCUAGUGGACGAUCCCUGCUUAUAGGCCAUGUGUUGAGGUAGCGGUGGUGUGGAGGACAUGUUCUUUGUGUUGGAAACAACCAAAUACUUUACAACUUUCAAAUUGUUGCCUUGAAAUAGAAGUAGACUCUCGUCUGAAUGAAUUUGCUCCUAAUGUUAACGAGCCAUAAUCAAGUUGUGUACAGCCUGUUUCAGACAAACACCCAUAGACUGUGAAUAAUGUCUGGAGAGAACACAGGUGUCGACCAAUAGAGUUGUCUCAGUUCAUGAACUCCUCUCAGCUGGGAAGUGGCUGCUCUAGAACAUCCACAUACAACAUUUCACCGUUGUUGACAAGUCAUCUGGAACGCCUGGUAUUUAGCCUACAGAGAAGUGUGUAUUUAUUAUACCAGUACUACAGUCUGGUUAAUUUUCUCUUACUUUUGUCUGAUAUGAGAGUACCCUUAUGUUUAUUUUGCAAAUUGUAUUUUAUAGUAAUAAUUACCCACCAUUUAAUAUAAAUGAUAUUUUUUACACUAAUUUCUCAACAACCAAGCACCCAGUAGACAGUGAUGUCAUUGUGUAUUGUCAUUACCGGUUCUACUUCAAAACCGUCAUAGAAGUUUCCUUUUUUUCACGUUUCCUUCCUGAUUUGCCUAGUUAAAUAAAGGUUCAAUAAAGGUUCAAUAAAAAAAUCCA